ACUCCAAACCCCACGGCCAUCGCGACCCAAAAGAGAGUUCAUCUUGUCCACUUUUGUUUGGCUCUGGUUUGGCUCAGUUGGCUCUGCGAUCGUACCUCUAGUCCGCCUGAACAGAAUGUAAAGAAACGUCAGGGACUAAAGGAUUACCAUGUUCCACAAGGGGGGCGAAGGCCGACCGAGAGGCUUCGGCUUCGGGAGCUUCGCCGUUUCUCAGAAGAAACCCGACGUUCAGCUCGGUCAGAGCGCCUUGCCCGAAAGUGCUCCGGUGCCCGUUCUACCCGUGGUCAACAAGAGGGGCUACACUGGCCUGAGCACCAUCACCCAGAACGCGCUGGACAUCAAUUAUGGCAACCUCCGCAAGAGGCCCAAGACCGAGGAAGAGUACUUUGAGCAGGACGAAGAGGACCACAGGGUGGGGCAGCUGGCGUACAUCCCGGCCCCUGGAAGCCCCACCUGGGACGAACAGCAGAGAAAGGACUGCUCGGAUGCCUCGUCCAGUGACGAGGACCCUCUCGACGCCUAUAUGGCCAACAUCGAGAAAAAGCUGCAGAAGGACAACGGAAAGCAUGGCACAAAGAAAGGAAAAUCUCCAGUCAAGGAAACAAAGAUCAAAGAAGUGAAGGGCGUUCGGGACGACAUCGAGAACGAGGACGACGAAGAAUCCUACUACCGCUACGUGGAGGAGAAUCCAAACGCCGGAGCCGACAAGGACGACAGCGACCUCGAGCUGGAGUACGACGAGGACGGCAAUCCGAUUGCACCCGUCAAGUCCAAGUACAUCGACCCGCUGCCACCGAUCGACCACUCUACCAUCAGCUACAAGGAGUUUACCAAGAACUUCUACCAGGAGCACGAGGAGAUUGCAGCCCUAUCCCCGGAGGAAGUGGAUGCCCUGAGGGCCACCCUGGGGGUCAAGGUCACCGGCCCGCUUCCCCCCAAACCCGUGACCAGCUUUGCCCACCUGGGCUUUGACGAGCCCAUGCUCAGGGCCAUACGCAAGGCCGAGUACACCCAGCCAUCUCCCAUCCAGGCGCAGGGUGUUCCUGUGGCAAUGAGUGGCCGAGACAUGAUCGGCAUCGCCAAGACCGGUUCCGGCAAGACGGCGGCUUUUAUCUGGCCCAUGCUGACGCACAUCAUGGACCAGCGAGAAUUGGUCGAAGGAGAGGGCCCCAUUGGACUCAUCCUUGCUCCAACGAGGGAAUUGGCCCAGCAGAUCUACCUGGAGGCCAAGCGGUUUGGUAAGGUGUAUGGUGUGGGCGCUAUCUGCUGCUUUGGAGGUGGAAGCAAGUGGGAGCAGUCCAAGGCUCUGCAAGAAGGGGCCGAGAUUGUCGUAGCCACUCCCGGGCGCAUGAUUGACCUGAUCAAGAUGAAGGCCACCAACCUUGAGCGCGUCACUUUCCUGGUCCUGGACGAAGCAGACCGCAUGUUCGACAUGGGCUUCGAGCCCCAAGUGCGGUCGAUCUGCGAUCAUGUUCGGCCAGACAGACAGACCUUGAUGUUCAGCGCAACGUUCAAGCGCAAGGUGGAGCGCCUGGCGCGCGACGUGCUCACGGACCCGGUCAAGGUGGUGCAGGGGGACGUCGGGGAGGCCAACGAAGACGUCACGCAGAUCGUGCUCGUGGUGCCCAGUGUGCCACCGACCACCAAGUGGAACUGGCUCACCAACCACCUGGUCGAAUUCACCUCGGUUGGGAGUGUGCUCAUCUUUGUGACGAAGAAAGCCAAUGCGGAAGAACUGGCCGCCAACCUCAAGACAAAGGAUCACAACGUGGCUCUCCUGCACGGAGACAUGGACCAGAACGACCGAACCAAAGUGAUUGCCUCCUUCAAGAAGAAGGACUUCCCUAUCCUGGUGGCCACUGAUGUCGCCGCCCGUGGUCUGGACAUCCCCCACGUGCGGACAGUCGUCAACUACGACAUUGCACGAGACAUCGACACCCACACGCAUCGCGUCGGCAGGACUGGUCGUGCUGGGGAGAAGGGUGUUGCCUACACGCUCAUCACGGACAAGGAGAAAGAGUUUGCCGGCCACCUUGUGCGCAACCUGGAGGGUGCCAACCAGGCCGUGCCUCAGAGCCUCAUGGACCUGGCUAUGCAGAGCCAGUGGUUCAAGAAGUCUCGUUUCAAGCAAGACAAGGGCAAGAGGCUCAACGUCGGGGGCCACGGUCUCGGGUUCCGGACCAAGGAGCGGCCUGGCCUUGGCUCUUCCAACAGCGGCCACCCCGUGGCCCAGGCCGGCCCGAUGUCGGGGCUGGGCAGCUACGCCGCCAGCGUGCUGUCUGCGCCGAGGUUCGUCGCCGCUUCGGACGGCAACAAGGGAGGCGACUUCAGGAGCGGAGCCGCCUCCUCGUCACGCCACGGGGCGGGACCCCAGACGGACCGCCUGACCUCAAUGAGGGCGGCGUUUUCGUCCCAGUACAAGUCCCAGUUCACGGCGGCCACCGACACCGCCUGGAAGCUCGGCAGCCAGCAGGUCUCUCCGAGCCCCCGGCCUGGCCCCACACCCAUCCCUCCCCCGUCCCACAACGUGUCCGCCUUCUGUCAGAACCCGUCCGCCUUCCCGUCCCCUCCCAUGCCAGUGCGACAGCCAGAGGCUCCGAGAGAAGACCCGUCGAGCUCGAGACAACGGCGCCGCAGGUCGCGCUGGGACGACUGAUCCGCACUGGGACCACCGAUCCACACUGGGACGAACGACGUGCACUAGGUCGGUUGUCUCAGUGUGGAAUUUCAGUUUCACUGCUGAACUGGAAUUCCAGUAGCGCAGGCAUGCUCCUAAGCAUAACUGGGAUUCAAUCCACACUGGAACAACUGAUCGGCAGUUGCAGGAAACCAAUGCACACUCAGACAACUGAUUGGCAGUUGUGUCAAGCCAAUCUGCACUUGGACGAUAUAUCCAUAGUUGUGGCGAACCAAUCUGCACUGGAACAACUGAUUGGCCAAUUGUGGCGAGCGGGUCUGCGCUGGGACAACCGAUUAGCAGUUGUAGUGAACCGAUCCUCACCGGAACAACCGGGUGACAGUACGGUUAUAUCUGCAAACUCGUCUCUACCUUUGGGGGAUUUCUGUGAAUUUCUCUCGUUACCCUUCUUUGAUGUGUUCUUCCCAGUGUACAAAGUUUUGUUGGUGGUUCUGCAACAACCAGUUGCAAGCAGGUGUUUCUGGUUUGCAGCCUCUUGCUAAACUCGCGAAGGCAUAUACAUUUGGGCAGUCAUAAAUGCCUCUGUCAAUGACACAUCACCUCCCUUUUCCCAUAAGCAUUAUUGUAAGAGAUUGCUUGGUAUGAAAGAAAUCAUUUGUGAUCUGUUUGAGACUGUCUCAAGUAAUUUGCUGUACCGAAGAAAAGGUCUUACUCCACUUAUCCUAAGUGGCAGGAUUUUUGCCAUUGCUAGUUAUGAUCUCUAAAUAUUUCUGAAGCAGUCUUACAAUAAAAUCACAAAAGUGAGUUAUUUUUGUUUUGUUUUUUUCCCAUUUGACGUAAAGAACCGGGGGAAAAGAAAAGAAAACUAGCAUAUUCUUAAAAUAAUGUGUUGACCAUGUUUCUGUUGCACACCGAUAGAACUUGCAUUGCACGGACUGUGUGCCCAUACUUUGCCAUCACACAUUCAGCGAGGCUGUGCCAAAUGCACACAUUUGGCAUAUAUCCCAUACUGCAUUGUUAGGUCUACAUGCCUUAGUGCAAUGUAGUAGCUGAACUGCCUUUAAGAUUAAACUUGUGUAAAACUCCUUCCCAGUUGUUCACCAUCAAUAUUUACAAAUUGCAUUACUUUCAUUCGUAGUUAGGGCAAAAGUAUCAGUUAGUAUAAUACUGAAGGCUUUUAUAUGACAAUGACUUGUUUCAUAGCUAAAGCAAAAAAUCUAUGCAUUAAAAAAUUUUAGCUUUUUUUUCGUGUUUUGUUUUUAUGGUUGAGUAUAGCAGUUCAAUCGAUUUUAGUGUUCUAUGCUGCGCUUUGCUGAAGAACUUCAUAACACCUUUAAAGUGCAAAUCUCGAAAUCAUAAUUGUGCUUUAUACCAGCAAGUUUCUGAAGCUGGUGCAAUUAUUUUUGAUGGGAGCUCCUGUAUGUAAUUUGAGUUCUUUCUUGGUUUGGUCACUUAGUGGCCAUCAUGUGUUUAAAUAGACUGACUGUAACAUGGUUCUUGUUUUGUUGCAGCCUUUUGAAGUGGAUGGGUGCUGUAUAUUUCUACCCUCAAAUAAAACUUGCAAACUUGA